AUGGACGAUAACCUAGAAGCCCCUUCAUCUCUUCCUCCAAAAACGCCUCUCGGGGAUCUCCCACCAGACGCGGACGAAGAUCAAUCCUCAGACGAAGAAGAUGGCGGCUUGGACUGGACAAAGCUACUCCCUGCGGCGGCACGACCUGUUAUCCCCAAACGCGGCGAAAAGGAAUUCGAACCGCGUCAGGGCGGCGGAACGAAUCUGCAAUUGCACGUCCUUGAUCGGUCGAGGAACGCGAUGUUCGAGACAUUACGCGCUACACGGACUAUAUCCAGCAAAGUUGUCAGCUAUGCGACUUGGCAUGCAGAUAUUGGGCGCACGCACGUUACAGUUGCCCGUGGUAUCCAUUUCUCGAAUAUGGGGCAUUCUGCUCCUAGAUCAGUCCUCGGCGAAGACGGCACAGCUAAAAUUCAAAAACGAUUAGAACUGCUCCCAGAAGAAGCGAUAUAUCUAAUCGAACGAGGCUCUCUUUUUUGUUGGAAGGAUAUUGAUUUGGAUAUGGGGAUCAUCCCAGGGAUGACCGAAAUCAAUGGGUCUCCCAUGAGCGUGCAGCAGGCUUUUAGUGAAAUGAUUGGCCGUGAGGAUCUGACUCUGGAGAAAUUUCAGGUUUACUCCUACCUUAAGAGGCUGGGAUAUGUUGUGACUCGAGCAACUCCGCCUGAUACAUAUUAUCCUGUCCCACCGCCUCGCACAGUGUCCAGUCCAACGUCCUCCAUCUUGACUCGUAUAAAAUCUCUAUUUCCUCUCUGGGUUUCCUCCAUUUCACGCACUCUCUUUGGUGGGUUCAAUUGGUGGAGACCUGUUGGCAUAAGUCGCUGGUUCAGCUAUGAUAAAAGCUACCCAUCACUCUUCCGCGCCAUGCGUUUCCUCCCGGCGGGACAUGGUGUGCCUCUCAACACUGUUGGCCAAAAGAAAUCAACACCCUAUCAAAUCUUUUACAACCUUUACAAGCCAUCAACCCCGUUCAAAAAAUCUGCUCCUCCCCCUCCUGAUUUCCAGAUUGUAGUAAUCAAUGCCCGAACUACCCCCAUGCCGACAUUGCAAGAACUGACAGACUUAUUUGACGUCCUUCCAGAAUCACCUCUACCUCCUCCUCGACAACGACGACCGCCGCCCGGCACUACAGCCAACGCACCUUCACCUCCAAAAAUUGAGCCAGUCGUAACCCCGGCACCAAAACCUUCAUGUAUGCAAAGAGUAUUCCCAUGGAUCUUCCCAACACCACCGCCCAUCGCAACUACACCUGCGCCUCGAAAACUAAACCCUUUCAUGGCCCUGAAGACAGGGAAAAAGAUAAUCGUCAUUGCCGCUGUUGAUGCCAGCAACAUCAGCUUCUUUAGGUUCGGCCAGGGGGAAUUCACUGAAUGGCCCAUGGUGUAA